GCAUUGUCUAUUUUCCAAAAAAGAAAAAGAAAAAGAACAGAACCACGCCGGUGGCAUCUUUCUGUUUUUGUUUAUUUGGAAACAAACUGGAAAUUCUUUAUUCACGAUUUUUGUGCAGAAUUCCUGGAACCACCACACCCACAGUAACCGAAGAAAAGGAGUCCCUCAACACAGCAAAAGUAGAGAGGAAGAUCGGAGAUGGGGGUGAUAAGGUCCGCUAUUGGAGAUGCAGUCCUCACUUCCAUGUGGGUCUUCAGCAUGCCGCUGCUGAGGAUUUUCACAGGAAUCAUAGCAACCUACCUCGGCGUUCAAGCCAUACCCCUUGCUGAUCUGUUCAUCACCAUCAAUCUCGUCACUCUUAUGGUGCUCGGUUUCAGCUUGGUAGGCACCCUGUUUGGAGGCGCCAGCUUCAAUCCCACCUCCACCGUCUCCUUCUACGCCGCCGGCCUCAGGCCGGACUCUUCCCUCUUGUCCAUGGCAGUCAGAUUCCCAGCUCAGGCGGCAGGUGGCGUGGCUGGCGCCAAGACAAUCUCGCAGGUGAUGCCUCAGAAAUACAAGUAUGCUCUUGGAGGCCCUUCUUUGAAAGUGGAUAUGCAUACUGGAGCCAUUGCUGAGGGGAUGCUGACCUUUGUGCUUUGCCUGGCCCUCCUGGUGGCCAUGCUCAAGGGUCCCAAAAACCCUCUGCUGAAGGUAUGGUUGGUGGCUGUGGUGACCGUGGGACUGGUUAUUAAUGGUGCAAAGUAUACAGGGCCUUCCAUGAACCCUGCAAAUGCAUUUGGAUGGGCAUAUGUAAACAACUGGUACUAUACUUGGGAGCUUUACUAUGUUUAUUGGAUUUGCCCUCUAAUUGCAGCAGUUGUCGCUGGUUGGGUUUAUCGGUUGCUCUUUCCUAAACCAGUGAUGAAGCAGAAAAAGGCAUAGGAGAGGUAAAGUCAUGUCCAUCAUAAAUUGAAGACAUUCCUCUGUUCUUGUACUAGUAUUUGUAAUUCCAACUUAGUCUUGUUAUGUAUGUGGUUCAUAUGAUGAUCCAAUUGACAAAAACAGAGUGUUCUGUCAAAUGAAAGAUUAUUCAAGAUUUGAGAAUUGGGAUAUGAAUUAAAUUGUGCCUCGGUAGAUAGCGCUGUCCUCUUUUUUUCUUUUUCCUUCUGAAAAUCACUUGGAAUUGAAUUCAUUGGGGGUGGGAGAGGAAAGGGUCAUGAUUAAUUAAAUUUGGCAUUGGUAAUAUGUACAUGAUUUGAAGAAUGAACAAUUCCAACGUGGAGAUGCAUGCAUUUGCAACUUUUGGUUUAGUUAUAAAACAGAGGAGGGGUUCACCUAUUAUGUAAAGAAAAGAAAAAGACGAUACACAUCAUCAGAGAAAACGAAAAUGCAGCCCCCGGGAGCUACUAAGGAGAGUCCAAUCUCUCUGUCUCCAGUGAAAUAUGAAAAUGCCAUUAUUUUGAAAGUGCAGAGACAAGGAAGAGCUGAUGUCUAUUACAGGAUUGACAAAAACACCCCACUCAGAUGUCUGUUGCUUCAUUACUGUGGCUAUAUGAAUCUUAUUUCCGACCAUGUGAGAUUCCUUUAUGAUGGUACAAAGGUGAAGAUGGAGAGCACAGCCCGAAGUUUGAAAAUGGAGGACGAAGAUACCAUCGAUGUCAUGUCCGAGCAGCUGGGUGGUGGCUGUCUAGCUUGCCCCUUUUGCAUCAUAACGUUUGAGGAAUUAUGCUUCUGUUAAACUCUUUAAUGCUGGAAUAAAUUGAAUCCAAUUAG